GAUGUCUGACAGAUCGCAGACCCCGGAGGUCCAAACUCGACCUUAUGACUUCAGCCUUGCUGGCGCUUGUACCACUCAGCUUUUGGGUCAGGAAGGCAUGGGCAACUCUUGUUUCCAGCUUCCUCAUGGGGUUUUACCCGACCCGAGUGUGCUUUACAGCAAGCCGGCCUACGGAGGGAUGACACCCGCGCCCACCCAGACGUUUCUCCCGUUUCCACCCGUCGCCAGUGACUACAGAGGAUCCGAUCUGCAGGCUGUGGACUUUGGGCAACCAAAGCAUUGGUAUCCCUUCACUGCACCCGAGAACACCGGCCAGGUACCCGGUGUGAUUGCGGCCACCCAGCCAACCAACCCGAGUCCCCCGAUAGCCGAGACUCGGGAGCAAAUCAGAUUACCCGAGAUCAAGACUGAGAAGGACGCUGUAUAUGAUUUUCUGACCGAAAUGAAGGUUCCACAGUAUCCGAUUCCUGCACCUUCCACAAGCAUGACCCACGGAGUCUUCUACCCACCGACUUGGAACCCCUCCUUCUGGCCCGGGAUCACUCACAUCACCCAACCAGGAAGCAAUAACCCAAACCCCUCGGCCUCCUCGACAUCGUCCCCGUCAACGUCUCCUUCGCCACCAAGCAAUGGGAGCCAGGGGAAUGCGUUUUUCAAAGUAAACGCAAGCCAGGUUCCUGCAGAGCCCCAGGCACAGAACGCGGCUCCCAACACGCGGAGCAGCGGAUCCUCCAGUGGGGGUUGCAGCGACUCCGAAGAGGACAACCUCACCACUGAAGAACUGGAGCAAUUUGCCAAAGAGUUGAAACACAAACGGAUCACUUUGGGGUUCACUCAGGCAGAUGUUGGCCUAGCUCUGGGUAACCUUUACGGCAAAAUGUUCAGCCAGACAACCAUUUGCCGCUUUGAGGCUUUGCAGCUGAGCUUCAAGAACAUGUGCAAGCUGAAGCCCCUUCUGCAGAGAUGGCUGGAUGAGGCGGAAACUUCUGAAAAUCCUCAGGAGAUGUACAAGAUUGAGCGAGUGUUUGUCGACACCAGAAAGAGAAAGCGGAGGACCAGCCUGGAGGGAGCGGUGCGGUCUGCGUUAGAGGCCUACUUUAUCAAAUGUCCCAAGCCCAACACUCAAGAAAUAACCCAAAUCUCAGAUGAUCUGGGCCUGGAAAGAGAUGUGGUGCGUGUUUGGUUCUGCAAUCGAAGACAGAAGGGGAAGCGUCUGGCCCUGCCGCUGGAUGAGGAGUGUGAAGGCCAGUUCUAUGAGCAGAGCCCUUCACCAUUGAACAUGGCCCCUAACCCCAUCCAAGGCCAAGCCUACCCAUCCUCCAGCUACUCCGGAGCACCUCCUCCAACCCUCUACAUGCCCCAGCUUCCGGAUGUUCUGAAACAUGCUCUGCACCCCGGACUGGUUGGCCACCUGACCGGUUAAACUGGUGGGUAGUCUCCCAACCAGACCUCCUCAAGCAUCCAUCGACACCCAACCUGAGCUGAAAAUGGGAUCUGAUUCCAGUUGACUUGAUGUGAAACAAGGCAAAUAUCUAGUGGGAGAGGGCUGUUUCUUUUUGACUAUAAAAAAAAAAAAAAAAAGACUAUAAGCCUUAAUAAGCAUUUGUAAAUCGGUGCCUUUCUUUUCUUGCCUUGUGGAUAUUUUAAACUUUCAGUGUUUUGCAGAUUUGUACUUUGUUUUCUGAUAUGGAGGGAAAGUUAUAGGUUGGAGUUUUAAUAGUGCUGAACCCCAAAGUAGGCUUGACCACAAAUUAUCCAGUCAUGUCUAGUUAGUUGUGCAAUACUUUAUCGGAAACCGAAAGCUGUUGGUAAGAUUAAAUUUUGAUCUUUUUUUUUUUGUUUUUUUAUUUGCACAAACUUGUAAUCAUCACUAUUGCCAUAAAAAAUGGGUUUAUGGCUGCAUGCUUUGUAAUUUAAAAUCAAUAAGAUUUUAGAUGUGAAAACGGGAAAGUGUUCAUCAGUAUUGGCUGCUAAAAUUUGUUUUACAAGUUUCUUUUUGCAACUUCCUUGUGAUUUUUAGAGUUCUGUAUGUUGUGGUUUGACAUCCAGUACAAGUUUCUUUUUUUUUUACUUCAGCUGAAACAUUUAAAGAAAAUGUUCUUUACUCAAACCAUGUGCAUCAAGUCCUUAAAUGCUGUUAAAUUAUGACCAUGCUAAAGUAAAGUCUGAUUUGCUUUGAAUCUUAUUUCCUUUUGUUUCAUGUUAACCUGAAGAUCUGACAUCAGUGCAUCUGUAACGUUCACUCUAGCUGUUAGCUGUUUAAUGUGAAAUUAUUAAACUCAACAAAGCAUUCUAAUAUAUUGCGUCAGUGAGAUAAUCAUCUGAAAACACCUCCCAAGAAAUUUGCUUAAAAGUCAAGCUGCUCUUUUUUUAUUGUAUUUUUUUUUUCUUAAAUGUUUGAACAUGCAAUGAUUUGUCUUUUACUUCCAGUAAAUCUUUUCUGAUAUCAAAAACCUGUUUUGUUUUGUUACUUUAAAAAAAUCCUUUAAUGCAUAUUAAAAUGGGGGAAAAAAAUAAGUGAAAUUUCAAGCAGUUUCCUUCAUACUUCCAUGGAAGUAUGUUUGGGGUGAUGGUUAAUGGGUUUUAGAGACUGGUCUUGUUUUUUUUUUUGGGCUUGGAUUCCAAUUGGUGAAGGUAUUGAACUGUGCUGUGUUUUUUUUUUAUUUUUUAUAUUUUUACUUUUUCUUAAUGCCAUGCAUCCACAGAUAAUUUUUCUGAUACCAAGGUCAAGUUAUGAGGCUGAAGGGGUAUUGCAUAUUUGUGCAACACUAUAUCAGAAACUGAAAGCUGCUACAACAUGAACAUUUUUCCCUUUUUUUGCACAAACUUCACCUUAACUAGCUUAA